AUCAUACUGAUUCCAAUUCAUUACCCAAUUCUGAUACUAAUCCUGAGGAUAGUGUUGUUUCUAGUGAUGAAUCGUUGAGCGAAGAUAAUAUUAGCAUGGAUCUUAAUUGUAAUACAGAUUAUUCUAAUGAUAGUGACACAGAUCAUUCUAAUGAAAAUAAUUUAGUUAAGACUCAGGGUUCAACAGGCAACUUUCAAGCACAUUUAAAUACGCAUGGAAUCACUAAACCUAUCAAAACUAUUGAUACACCUGCGCAACUAACAAUUACUGAAAUGUUUUACCAUGCUGCUGGACAAAAAUGUCUUAAAACUCUCUUUGCAACAGAAGUUAAAACGUGUGAAUUGACAUGCGAUUUAUGGACUGCAUGUUCUAAAAGUGGAUAUAUAGAAGUUACAUGUUAUUUUGUUAAUUCUAAUUACAAAUUAAAAAAAGUUAUGCUUGCAAUUAAAUAUGUUCCAUAUCCUCAUAAUGCUGCAAGUAUUAAAGCUGAAUUAGAAAAGCAAUUACGAAAAGCACAAGAAUUGUUAAAAAUUUCAAAGGAAAAAAUUGAUAGUGAUGAAAAAGAAUUCCUUAGUACAAUAUCUGAUACUCCCACUCGCUGGAAUUCUUCAUAUUUUGCAUGGAAAAGACUUCUUCAACUUAAACAUGCUAUUAUAUUAAUGGAUGCAACUAUGAGUGCUGAUAAUGAUUAUAAUAUUCGCAAAGAUGCAAUCUCUAUUAUCACUCUUACUAAAAAUUGUGAACUAUUGUCGACAAGUAUAAAUGAAGAAGAACUUGAUUUAAUGAAUAUGGUAACUGUAUUUGAAGAAGAGAAAGAGAAUAUAGUUGAUUUGGAUGAAGAAUUAGAAAUAAUUGUUACAGCUAAUAGAGAUAAGUUCAAAAUUAAUCAACCUCAAAAUGUAGAUAAUCUAGCAGAAAAAGUAAAGGAAAAUUUAUAUAAAGCAUUAAACCAUUAUUGGGAUGCACCUCUUGAUAGUUCUUUAAUUGCAAUGUUACUUGAUCCACAUUAUAAAUCAAUGAAAAAAUUGGAUAGUUGGGAAUGUAAUAAGGCCAUUAAUGUUCUGCGAGAUAAAUACAAUUCACUUAACACUGAGAAUGAAACUGUUAUUGACUUAGCAAAUGUAGAUCAAAAUGAGAAUCAGAUGAAUCUUUUUUCGAUAAUGUUUGGGUCAGAUGCAAUACAAACAUCAAAUAAAAAUGAAAUAGACAAAUAUCUUAAAGUUGAUCAAAUGCCAAUUGCAACUAAUCUGCUUAAUUGGUGGAAAGAUGUUCAAAAAAAUUUUCCAAUUCUUUCCAAUUUGGCACGCAAAUAUUUGGCUACACCUUCUACAUCAACUCCCAGUGAAUGCUUAUUUUCAAGUGCAGGUAAUUUAAUGACAGCAAAAUGUACAUCAAUUAACACUGACUUAUUUGAAAGAAUUCUUUUUCUUAAACAAAAUACCAGUAUUCUGAGCACCAUAUCUGAGUUACAGUUGAAAUAA